AUGUCGGACCUUCGCGCCAAACUGGAUGCUGUUCGCGCGCUGCAGCAGCGCAUUCAUGUUGUGCCUUCUCCAUCGCACUGGACGACAUCAACUCCCGCGCCAUCGCCACCACCGUCGUCUGUAUCGUCGAGUGUUGCUAGCCGCAGUAGUUUGCCAACGUUUCCAUCGUUGUUCGAUGGCGGCAUCGCGUCGCUCGGUGGAAUGGAGUACCUUGUCAUCGACUUCUUCAGCAUUCCAGACCUCUUGGUAGGCGCCAUGGUAUGCAAGCGAUGGCGAGAUAUGUGCCGGCACGACGGAUUUUGGGAAAAGCUCUUGGUGACUCCGGUCGAAGGCUACGCGCUGCGGCCGUUGCUUGCGUGUGCCGACUCGGUCCCCGCCAUGUGUGUGCACAUGUUAUUCUGCCAAAGUGGCCUCCGCAUGACGUCGACGUCCGACCGGUCCAUUCAUAGACCCCAGCCGAUCAGGUCGUGGAAUUGGUCGACGCAUCCCAAAUCCAUACACGUGACCUCUUCUUGCGACGGCAAGACGACCUUACCAGCGUGGCUCGCGAAUAAUCCCGGCCCUCUCUUGCCCGACGUCGUCCGCUCGUUGUGUUUUCAAGUGCUUCAUGCAAUCGUGGCGUUGGAAGACUGCAUCGGUGCGAAACCACGCGAGUUGACCCUUCAGCGCGUUGCCGUUGCCAGCGCGACCGCGGUCCAAGCCCCUGCAUCCCUGGACGCAACAGCCAGCGACACACUGCCAUAUAGGACUCGUCCGCCGUUGGUGCAGCUGCUAGCCGUCGACAGCCACGUCGAGUCCUGCGACGUGCCAUCUGCCCAGUACUUUGACGAGCGAGAGGAAGCGAUCUACCUCCUCAAGUACCGCGGCCUUCCCAAGAAAAGCCAAAAGUGGCGCGGGGUAACUGUAGCCUACUUGUAUUUGGUCCUGGCGCUGUCCUUGCACGGCCACGUCACGGCCGCACAAAUCCAGCAAAUGCCAGCGAUGUCGAUCCUGCACGCGCUAGCAGAGUACCGUCACGUGCUGCCACGAGACAUUCGAGAGUUUGUCGAGUACGGCGUGUUUGUGCGGUACCACCAGACGUCACCGAAACCCUUGCUCUGGCACACUUACUUCACGAGCCCACAUGUGGGAGAUGCUUCCGCCGACUCCACGAUCAUCGCGGACGACCACCCCCUCCUAGCGUUGCAGUUUGCGAUUCCAGCCACAACCUACAUGGAGCGCAUCUUGCAAACAGUUGCAUGGCAAGAGGCUCUCCAAACCACGAUGAUGAACCCUCGUCGCAAGUGGCCGUCCAUGAGUCCUCCAGUUUGGAAUGACGAGUGGACGCUGACUCCCAUUCGGUCAUUCCACCAACAGUGGUUGCGCCAGCAGUGGCACAGCUUGAGCUUGGCUCCGGACUCGACACCGGCUAGCCUGGCCCUGCUAUUGCUAACUCAGAAGCCAUCACUACGGCGCUUGGAUCUCAUGGCAGCGACUCGUCUGUCGAGCGACACGAUUGUGCGGGCUUUGGCGUACCUCCCUCUCUUGCGAGAGCUUCGUCUACCUCUUUCCAUGCUGCGCCACGGCCCUCUCGAAGCCGUCGUGGAGGCACUGGAUCGGUCGUCAGUUCACGUCGUCGACCCCGCGAUGGCUAUAGGUCUAUGUGCCCUUGAGAAAGCGUACUUGAUGCAAAUCGACAUGCUGGCGUAUUCGUCAUCUCCAUCGAAGCAGUAACCAGGAGGCACGCCCUCGGCUCUCCGAACCCCUUGUUGCGUGUCUGUUCGAGACCGCGUUUUGUUUGAAUAAAAGUGCUGGUUGCAGGUGCCGUCAUG